GAUGAACAAAGUGAAGAACAGUCAGUCAGUCUGGAAGCAGCUCAGCAGCACAAUGAUCUCUCACCGCCUGGUUCUGGCUCUUCUUCUGUUUCCUAAUGUUCACGGAUCUGAGCAGCCGUCUUCUCCCACUCUGAGUGAACCAUGGAGACAGGUAUCUUGGGGAGACAAAGACAGUGACCUGCAGUAUGUGCAGAAUUACACACCAAUAAACGACAAAAUCAAACACGUCAGAGUUCUGCUGUUCGGGCCGGUCGGAUCCGGAAAGUCCAGCUUCAUCAACUCUGUCAGCUCCUCGGUCCGAGGCAGAAUAACUCAGCCUGCUGCUGCCAGUUCUACCACCUCUGACCAGAGUUUCACCACAAAAUAUGAAACUCAUAAUAUCAGAAGAGGAACCUCAGACAGCUUCUACCAGUUAGUCUUCAAUGACAUCAUGGGUCUGGAGGAGGGGACGGGACGAGGCGUCCGAGCUGAAGACAUCAAACUGGCCAUGAUGGGACAUGUGAAGGAGGGUUACAAGUUCAACCCAGUGUCUCCACUGUCAGCGGGCGAUCCAGGAUACAAACCGUCCCCCUCUCCAGACGAUCAAGUCCACGUUCUGGUUUGCAUCCUCUCUGCUAACGCAGUAGAGGUUAAAGUUUUAGAGAAGAUGAGGCUCAUCAGAGAGGCAGCCAGGGACCUGGGGAUUCCUCAGAUGGCGAUGAUCACACACAUCGACGAGGCCUGUGAGGAAACUGAAAAGGAUCUGAGGAACGUUUAUAAGAGCAAGCACCUGAAGAAAAAGAUGAAGGAUUUCAGCGCAGUAGUCGGUAUCCCCAUGAACUACAUCUUUCCUGUGAAGAACUACAGUGAAGAAAUCGACAUCGUGGAUGAUGUGGACUCUCUGAUCCUCAGCGCUCUGAGACGAAUGAUCGACUUUGGAGACGACUUCAUCGGGAAAAUGGAUUCCUCACAUCACAAGUACCAGAAGGACGGUUGGAUGGACUGGUUUCAGUGGUUUGAUUAUCGUAUCUUGAUGACUCUGCUUUUGGGGUUUGUUAUCUUGAUAAGGAUGAGGUGGUAUUGAUGACAUUUAAGGUGUUUCCAUUAGCUACAGAGGUUCAGUUCAUCUGGGUAAAAGCUUGUUUUUAACAGUGUUUGCUGCAUUCAGGGAAAUCAGGACACUUAUUAUUACCUCUGGACUGAAAGGUUUUCCUUUAAGCCAUAGUUAGCUUGUUGCUAUGGUAACCUGUAAUUUAACAAAGGAGUCCUUACACUGUUGAUCAGAGCUACAUUUGAGGUGUACACAUAUGAUUACAGAUAGAAAAUUCACAACCCAAAGCUAUAUUUGAGUUGCUCAAUUAUAUCAAAUGAGAUCGAAAAUUUUAAAUGAGUCAAAAACUGUUGAUUCAGAUGCUAAAAUUCAGAUCGGAACAUAAUGAUGGAUGGUUCGUGAAUUCUCUAUCUAUAUAUACUGGAAAUUAAGUUUGGAAUUGCACAAUUUGAACGUAGGUACCGAAAAUUUUGCAAAGUGAAAAUUCUGAUGGAUGGUUUUCUCUCUUUCAUACAAAAACACACAACAGCCUCGUUUCCACUGCAGGAACUUCAGGGUAACUUUACAGGCCGUUGUGUCUCCAUAGCAGGAACCUCCUCGAAACUCCAGGAACUUUUACGGGGUCUAACCGAGUCGCUGCCUCGGGGUCGGUACUCCGUUCGGCCCUGAUAAACUCCUGGGUUGGGCUUGAGGUUUACUUGGUGCUGAUUGGUUAAACUCAAAGCACGAACACACAAACCAGAAACACGGCAACCAGCUCAGCUCCUCCAUGUUCACCUCCUCGUUGAAGAGUUCGGUUUAGACCUGCUCUAUGUAUAAAGUGCCUUGGGAUGACUUUGUUGUGACUAUACAAAUAAAGAUUGAUUGAUCUUUGUCGUUACCUUCGGUGCGUUGCCUCGGUAACGGUCGAGUUCGGUGGGUCCUAUCAGGUUCUACUCUGCUUAGAGACACAACGGCCUACCUACGAAGAACCAAAUGAGAGGACGUUCCUGUAAAGUUCCCGCCUCCUACAUUUUACCAGGAACUUCCUUAGUGGAAACGGGGCUAUAGACACACACACUUAUAUUCACUUACUUGCUCACCAGUCCGUUCACCCCAAAGUCUGAGUGAGUAAGAAGUCCUUCAUCCCAGGUCUCUGUUGUUAACUCUGCAGUGACUGAUGAGACUUACACCAAAUACAUGAAGUGUUUGUUUGUUGUACUGACUGCUUCCCUUCCUCUCUCUCUUCUAUGAAUCAUGUGAAGAGCUUCUUUUUUAAUUUUUAUGUAAGAUAUUUUCUGAAUGAUGUUAUUCUUUCACAAAAAAAAAAGUUUCUAUUUUCACAGCUGGAUUAUUGCAACGAUUUGUUUAAUCCUCCAUCUGAAGUUUCACACUGUUCAGAACUCUGAACACACUCUUCAUGUCAUCAACAUACUGUCGGCCUGUUAGCUGAUUUAUCUUUUACUCUGCUGUUUACACCUGGCAGAUGGUUUUACAUGCAAAUGUUCUUUAUGCUGCUCUUUUAUAUGUGUGAUUGUCUUUUUAUGAUGCCUUUUUCUGCACUUUGUGAUCCCUGCUUGAAUAAUAAAUAAAAAUGAAUAAAAUCCAACGUUCAGCAAUAAAGAAGAUUAACUUGAAAUGUCUCCAUAUGAGGGAAAUUAAAUGUUUUACAUCAA